UAAUUUCAACAUUAAAAAAAAAUUCUUCUCCAACCAUAACACCAAAUUUUACACUAAAAGCUAUUUUAUAAUAUUAUAUGUAUUUAUAGUUUUAUUUGUCAUUUAUUUAAUUGUCCAUUUUAUUAAUAAAUUAAGUGAAUAGUGUUUUAGUGAGAUGAAUAGUGUUUUAGUGUGGUGAAUAGUGUCACACCAAAUUUUGUAUGAAAUUAUAGUGUUGCACUAAAAUAGUGUGAUUUUUAGUGUUGGGUUGGAGAAAGUUUUAGUGUCAAAAUCACACUAAAAUAGUAUUUUGAAGUUGGGUUGGAGAUGACCUUAAUCACUUACAUACAUGUAUAAAUAAGUAUAUAUUUUCAUUGCUAGUGUCUUUCUCUCCUUUUUCAUUAAAGCCAAUGGCAUCACUAAGGAACACUCUCUCACUCGUCUUCUGUCUCCUCGCCGCAACCGGUCCUUGGCUCUGCUCCGCCACCUCCGCCACCUCCGCCACAGACACUUUCGUCUACGGUGGCUGCUCCCAGCAAAAAUUCUCUCCCGCAUCUCCUUAUGAGUCAAACCUUAACUCGCUUCUAACUUCUCUAGUCAACUCAGCUACAUACUCUUCCUACAACAACUUCACCAUCAUGGGCUCUUCCUCUUCAGACACUGCUCGUGGCCUUUUCCAAUGCCGUGGUGACCUAUCCAUGCCCGACUGCGCCACGUGUGUGGCACGUGCCGUCUCCCAAGUCGGCCCUCUUUGCCCUUACACCUGCGGUGGGGCCCUCCAGCUAGCCGGUUGCUACAUCAAGUACGAUAAUGUCAGCUUCCUUGGCCAAGAAGACAAGACCGUCGUCCUAAAGAAAUGUGGUCCCUCUGAGGGUUACAAUACCGAAGGAAUCAGCCGGAGAGACGCUGUUCUCACGGAACUACUGGGCGGCGGAGGAUAUUUUCGGGCAGGAGGGUCCAGUGAUGUUCAAGGUAUGGGGCAGUGUGUUGGAGAUCUAACCGUUUCAGAGUGCCAAGAUUGUUUAGGAACGGCCAUCGGACGGCUUAAAAACGAUUGUGGCACAGCCGUAUUUGGAGACAUGUUCUUGACCAAGUGUUACGCAAGAUAUUCAACCGACGGUGGAAAAUACAAUGCCAAGUCUCAUAACUAUAAAACAAACUAUGGUGGAGAAAGGACGUUCGCCAUCAUCAUAGGACUACUAGCUGCAGUUGUUCUUCUCAUUAUCUUCCUUCUUUUCCUAAGAGGCGUUUGCAGUCGCGGAGGUAAAUAAAUGUCAAAGGCGUGGAUCUCAGAGAAGCAAAACUUCAGAUGAGAUGUAUAUCGCUUUGGAUUCUGUCGACUUUUCAUUAUUUCUUUUUAAUUACUUUUUCUGCACUAUUUUAAUUGGUUUAUCUCGAUUGUUGUUACAUAAUACUUGUGAUAAUAAUUAUUUUAAUGAAAAGAGAGCCGAUAAAAGGAGGUUCUAAGAAAUGAAUUUUAAAGGGCUU